UUUAUAAGUGCACAUCUUGAAAACGAGAGAGGUUGAUCAGGCGAUGAAGAACGCCAGCAGGGUUAGAGGAGGAGGUUGAUUUAGAGAGCUCCUUUAUCCUUGAAAACGUCAUUUAACUUUUGCCCCAUCGCAGCCGCCAUCCUUCCCCGGCCAUCUCGAUCGCGACGGGCUGUUCCCACCGAUCAAGCGGCGCGCGCACAUGAGGCCAUCGUUUCCUCUCCUCUCCCCUUGUGCGAGCUGGUAGCUCCCCUCCCACCAAUGGCCGUGCCCCGUCGGCUCUCCGCCACCGCGGCCGCGACGGACGUGUCGCGCCGGGUGCGCAUCGGCCUUCGGCCCUGCUCGGAGGUGGAGCGGGUCAUUGGGGAGCGCUACCGCUCGGGAAGCCUCGGCCCUGAGGACGCGCUCCGCCUGUUCGACGAAUUGCUCCCGCUAGCCAGGCCCGGCUCCGUUUACGCCAUCAACCAGCUCCUCACUGCCGUCGCUCGUGCGCGGGCGGACUCAUCCGUGCGCGGCGGCCCUGCGCUAGCCAUCUCCCUCUUCAAUCGCAUGGCCCGAGCUGGCGCCAACAAGGUGGCCCCCGACAUAUACACCUACAGCAUCGUCAUCGGCUGCUGCUGCCGCGUGGGCCGCCUUGACCUCGGCUUCGCCGCCGUCGGCCGCAUUAUUAAGACGGGAUGGAGGAUGGGUGCCAUCACCUUCACGCACCUGCUCAGGGCCCUAUGUGCCGAGGAGAGGACUAGCGAUGCAAUGGAUAUAGUGCUCCGACAAAUGCGGGAGCUCGGCUGCACACCCGACGUCUUCUCUUACAACAUUCUUCUCAAGGGGCUCUGCGACGAGAAGAAGAGUCAAGAGGCUCUCGAGCUGCUCCACAUGAUGACUGCUGACAGAGGGAGCUGCCGGUCAGACGUGGUUUCGUACAACACCGUCAUUGAUGGCUUGUUUAAAGAGGGCGAGGCAGAAAAGGCUCGUAGCCUAUUUCAUGAAAUGCAGGAUCAUGGUAUUUCCCCCGAUGUUGUGACAUACAACUCAGUUAUUGAUGGCCUAUGCAAGGCUCGAGUAAUGGAUAGAGCUGAGGAGGUCCUACAACAGAUGUUGGAUAAAGGUGUUGUGCCGAACUGCACCACAUAUAACAGUCUGAUCCACGGGUAUUGCUCUUCAGGACAGUGGAAAGAGGCGGUUAGAAUUCUUGAAGAAAUGUCCAAAGAUUGUGAUGGACCAGAUGUUGUUACUUGUAAUUUGCUGAUGGACUAUCUUUGCAAGAAUGGAAGAUGCACAGAAGCAAGGAAGAUUUUUUAUUAUAUGGUCCAGAGGGGUCCAAAACCUAAUGUUACCACCUGUUGCGUUCUGCUUCACUGGUACGCAACCAAAGGAGAUUUUGUUGAUAUGCAUGAUAUCCUGAAUUUGAUGAUACGUGACGGUAUUGCCCUUGAUCAUGGUGCCUUCAACAUACUGAUAUGUGCAUAUGCUAAACGCCAAAUGGUUGAUAAGGCAAUGCUUAUAUUUACAACAAUGCGGCAGCAAGGAAUUAACCCGAAUGUAGUCACCUACGCCACAGUAAUAGACGGGCUUUGCAAGGUAGGCAGAGUGGAUGAUGCUCUGUUGCAAUUCGAUCAGAUGAUUAAUGAAGGAUUGACUCCUAAUAUCGUUGUGUUUACCACCCUUAUUCAUGGUCUGUGUACCUGUGGCAAAUGGGAGAAGGCUGAAGAGUUCACUUUUGAAAUGAUUAAUAGAGGCAUCCAUCCCGACAAUGUAUUCUUCACCACAGUCAUAGGCAGCCUAUGCAAAGAAGGAAGGGUUAUGGAAGCCCAGAAUUUCUUUGACCUGAUGACAUGUGUAGGUGCAAAGCCCGAUGUUGUUUCGUAUACUACACUGAUAGAUGGAUAUUGCUUAGAAGGAAAGGUGGAUGAAGCGGCGAAGCUACUUGCUGGUAUGGCCACCAUUGACUUGAAACCUGACGAUGUUACCUAUAAUACUUUGCUUAAUGGCUACUGUAAGAACGGAAGGACAGAGGAUGGGUUAGCUCUUUUCAGAGAAAUGUUGAGCAAGGGUGUUAAGCCAGGAUCUAUUACGUAUAGCAUACUUCUGCAAGCAUUAUUUCAGACUGGAAGAACUGUUGCUGCAAAGGAACUCUAUCUGGAGAUGGUUAACAGUGGAACUUGCGUGUAUAUUACUACCUAUAACAUAAUUCUCCAUGGACUCUGUAAAAAUAACUGUGUUGCUGAUGCGCUUAGAAUGUUCCAGAGCCUAUGUUCUAUGGAUCUUCAACUUCAUAUUAGUACUUUCAAUAUUAUGAUUGAUGCAUUGUUCAAUGUUGGCAGAAAGGACGAUGCCAUGAAUUUGUUUGAUGCUAUCUCAAACAAUGGUUUAGUACCGGACGUGGUGACCUACAACAUAAUAAUGGAAAAACUCAUAGAAGAAGGGUUGCUGGAAGAGUCAGACAAGAUGUUUUUAGACAUGGAGAAUAGUGGCUGUGCUCCAAACUCACGUAUGCUUAAUGCUACAGUUAGGAGAUUAUUGUUUAGGGGUGACCUAAGCAGAGCUGGGGCUUACCUCUCCAGAAUUGUUGAAAAGGACUUCUCACUUGAAGCUUCCACUGUUUCAAUGCUAAUAUCGCUUUCCCCCAAGGCAAAAUGUCAGGAACUUGUGAGGUCGCUCCCUGAAAAAUAUCGUUUUCCUAUGAAAGGCAGCAAUGGAUGAAUCAUUUUCCAGCAAUGGUUUCGCGCCUGAUAUGAGCAUGCUCUCUAUAAGCAAAGUGUAAAUAUCCUUGCGACAAUGCACCUGUUUCUUCCCUUUAUUGUCUGUUUGUGCAAAACUUGUUGCCGUAAAAUUGGGCUGGACAUUAUCUGCAUUGUUGAACAUUAUCUUACUUUUAGACAUUUUUGGUACAGCAAAGCAAAAUGCAAAAUGGUGAGGGAUAUCGAUUUCCAGACCUUGCAAUGUACUGCAGAGUGCAGACAAACGUUAUAGAUGGGUCUAGUUAGAUACUGUGUCAGUGUAUGUGCUUGCUGCUAGUCUGCUACAUUAUUGGUGUCAGGACUUAAGGCAUGACAUUUUCAGUGAUCUCUUGCCUUGUAGGUCCCUCGCUAACUCGAAUAUUCAUUAGAUUCUAUACUUGUGCAGAAUAUUCAUUGCAUUUUGAUUAGAUGCAGCAUUUGCCGUUUGGUCUGAUAACUUCUGUAGGUCUGGGAGCUUAUCUAGGUCUGGGAGCAUUUGUCAAAGUUUUUCAGCUGCUCGCGAGAGAAGGCAAAUUGCUGCGGCUGUUGCUAAAUACCGGGAAAUUAAGAAGAACUUCAAUGAGGGCCUAAAUUUUUAUGUGACUUUGCAGCAGCAGAAGACUAUACUUCUGCACUCGGAACUACCUUCUGAGGUGGCAAAAAGUUAAAUGCCCCUGUGAGUUCUGCUUCUUUCAAAUGCAUGCGGUUUCGCGCCGCGGUUGCAUGGCCUUCGCCCUUCGCACACACCAAACGGAAUGCCCUCAUCUCUCUCUCUCUCUCUCUCUCUCUCUCUCUCUCUGUCUCUCUGCUACAGCCUGAUGGAUACUGUCAUCUUCUCGUCGAAGAAACGAUGCAAGGUGCAGUUUGCCUUAACAAUUCUGCAGUACGUAGGGCAUAGUAAUCUCUCAUAUUCAGUUGGCCUCCAAGCAAACUGCAGCAAGAGCCUGCACCUAUUGUGCACUGAGAACAUGUAGAAACCCAACCAUGCUGAUUGGAUCUGCAUGCAUUUUGUGUGAUUAUUUGACCUACAUGGCUACAUGUUCUCAGCAUGU